ACAUCAAACUACCAAUUACUCAUUUCGAAAAUUGUACCAAGUAAUCGGUACAAAAAUAAUCAAUAUUUUUGCAACUCUAUUGUCAGUUCCUUUCCUAAUAAUUUUUUUGUCUGCUAAGACGUGUUUUAAUACUUUUUAAGUGUUUUAACAGAUAAAUAACCAUGUCUACCGCCACCAUUCGUACCCGGAAAUUCAUGACCAACCGUUUGUUGGCCAGAAAACAAAUGGUAUGCGACGUCAUCCACCCCGGCUUAGCCUCCGUCAGCAAAACUGAAAUCCGUGAAAAACUCGCCGCCAUGUACAAAGUUACCCCCGAUGUUGUUUUCGUCUUCGGUUUCCGUACCUGCUUCGGUGGUGGUCGUUCCACUGGCUUCGCUUUGAUCUAUGACACUUUGGACUUUGCCAAGAAAUUCGAACCCAAAUACCGUUUGGUUCGUCAUGGUCUUAUGGAAAUCAAGAAACAGACCCGCAAGCAACGCAAGGAACGUCGCAACAGAAUGAAGAAGGUCCGUGGUACCGCCAAGGCCAAGAUCGGUCAAGCCGCCAAGAAGUAAACUCUGAAUUCACAUUCGCUUGCAGACACCUAAAAAGCAUCAGAUAUCUUCAAACACAAAUGUUUGCGUUUGUUUUUGGAGUUUUAUUGAUGUUGACAUUUUCUUGUUCAAGGAAGUGUCUACAAUGUAACGGAUACGUUUUUUGUAUUUUAAGUAAAUAAAACAAAAAAAUAAUUCAAAAUUAUUUUGAAUUUCUAAAAUUA